AUGCGCAUGUUCGGAAACUCUACCAGGGGUCUCUCGCCUAAACAGCAGCACCUCCUCUACAGAUCCUGUGUAGUUCCCAUUGCCACAUAUGGUUAUCGUCUAUGGUAUUUCGAUGGCACCCGCAAUAAGGGCGCGAUGAACCAGCUAAAACGGAUGCAGCAGAAAGCUGCUCUAUGGAUCAUGGGUGCAUUCCGCACCUCACCCACAGGCGGUCUUGAGGCCCUCACUGGUCUCAUCCCCAUUCAUCUCAUGCUGAAGAAGCUGGUGACGCGCACAGUGUAUCACGUUGCCACCCUCUCAGACACUCACCCUAUCCGCUCCAUGAUGGGCGAGGGACUCCUUAAACAGGCCAAACCACACGCCUGCUCGAUGGUCCUCAACGCCUCUUUCUCUCGAACACCCACUUGUCAACAAGCGUAA